UGCUUGCUAUCUACCAUUAUCUGGUGCUCACCACGUAGUAUGUGGUGCUCACCACUUAGUAUGUGGUGCUCACCACUUACUAUCUGGUGCAAACCACUUAGUAUAUGGUGCUCACUACUUACUAUCUGGUGCUCACCACAAAAAAUUGAAAUAAAAUUAUUAAAAAAAAAUGUAAUGUAAAAAUCAUAUAAGAACAUCCAGAAAGCUUGACACAGUUGAACAUUCUAAGAAUGUUAACUGUAACAUUCAGAAAACAUACUAUUACCUAAAAUUUGUUUGCUGGAUAGUGUUUAUUACAUUAUUAAUAUGAUAAAUAUAAUAAUAAUGAACAGAAAGAGACUUACUCAGAAUACAUUAUAGAAACUGUAAAAGGCACAGUAAACAGCUGCAAAAAAGCUGAUCUUCAGCUUUGCUUUAUGUGCAUUAACUCAUAAAAAUUGUCCUGCAUUGAGAUACCACACUCAGCUGUUAAAAGCAUUGUAGGACAGCAGCUGAUCAUUAGAUAGACGUCUGCUGGCUGACGUCACACCUGCUUUAUAAAGAGGACAGCCUGCUGGACUGGCUGAGUAGAGUUCAGGUGAAAAGAUGAAGAUGAAGAUGAUGGAGGCCACUCUGCUGAUGGUGUUGGUGGUCUUCAUGGUCGCUGCAGUGGACGGUGAAGUGGGUGCAGAUGCUCUGGUCUGUCCUGGAAAGCAGCAGCAGGGCUUUCAGGGCUCCUGUUUUGAGUUUGUAUCUCUGCAGCUCAGCUUCCUCAGUGCUCAGGGCUGGUGCGAGAGCACUGGUGGGCACCUGGCCUUCAUCCAGAACAGUGAGACUCAGCAGUUUCUACAGAAACAUCUGCAGCCACAGCUGGACUGGUGGCUGGGACUGGCUCCCACAUCCUUCAGCCUUGGUCAGGAUGCUGCUGUGGAUACCCUGUCCUGGCUGGAUGGUACUGAUGUGAUUUACUCUAACUGGGUUGGUGAGGUUGCUCCAGGCGCUGGCUGUGGCUACAUCUCAAAACACUCUGGAUUUCAGUGGGAAACAAGCAGGAACUGCAGUCAGGAAUUCUACUUUAUCUGCCAGUUUGAGUCGGGUCACGCUCUAGCCUGUCCGACCCACAGUGCCAUGCUGCAGUGUGGACCGGGUCAGCUGAUUGAGGUGGACGACAGUUUCUACGGCAGGAAGACGCAACAUUACUGCAGAAUCAGACACUCCCAGACCCAAACACCACUACUGCCAUCGCAGCAGUGCAGCUGGGUGGAUGUUCAGGAUUUAGUAUCAGUGUUCUGCAGUGGGCGCCAAGUUUGUGAAGUGGCUGCUGAUGUAAUGUCCUUUGAAGAGCCCUGCCCGGAACUGGGGAGCUACCUGUCCAUAAAAUACCACUGCAAAGACGAACCUCAAAUUUCAGCAACAGAAACCAAAGCUUCCUUCACUAAGUUCAAAAGAUCAUCAGAAGAAGGAGAAGAAGAGGACAACUCUAACAGUGGCCAAUCUAAUGGGAAUAAUGGGAAUAACUCCAAUAAUGGGAAUAACUCAAAUAAUGGCCAGUCUAAUGGGAAUAACUCCAAUAAUGGGAAUAACUCUAAUAAUGGUAAUAACUCCAAUAAUGGGAAUAACUCCAAUAAUGGAAAUAACUCUAAUAAUGGCCAGUCUAAUGGGAAUAACUCCAACAGUGGGAAUAACUCCAACAGUGGAAAUAACUCUAAUAAUGGUAAUAACUCCAAUAAUGGAAAUAACUCCAAUAAUGGGAAUAACUCUAAUAAUGGCCAGUCUAAUGGGAAUAACUCCAAUAAUGGGAAUAACUCUAAUAAUGGUAAUAACUCCAAUAAUGGGAAUAACUCCAAUAAUGGAAAUAACUCUAAUAAUGGCCAGUCUAAUGGGAAUAACUCCAACAGUGGGAAUAACUCCAACAGUGGAAAUAACUCUAAUAAUGGUAAUAACUCCAAUAAUGGAAAUAACUCAAAUAAUGGGAAUAACUCUAAUAAUGGCCAGUCUAAUGGGAACAAUGGGAAUAACUCCAACAGUGGGAAUAACUCCAACAAUGGGAAUAACUCUAAUAAUGGUCAAUCUAAUGGGAAUAACUCCAAUAAUGGGAAUAACACCAAUGAUGGCCAGUCUAGUGCGAAUAACUCCAAUAAUGGGAAUAACUCUAAUAAUGGCCAGUCUAAUGGGAAUAACUCCAAUAAUGGGAAUAACUCUAAUAAUGGCCAGUCUAAUGGGAAUAACUCCAAUAAUGGGAAUAAUUCCAAUAAUGGGCAGUCUAAUGGGAAUAACUCAAACAAUGGCCAGUCUAAUGGGAAUAAUGGAAAUAACUCCAAUAAUGGGAAUAACUCUAAUAAUGGGCAGUCUAAUGGGAAUAACUCGAACAAUGGCCAAUCCAAUGGGAAUUACUCUUCAAAUAAUGACAGUGGAUCAGCAAGCACAUGCAUUACUGUCACUACAAACAAUACAAUUCAAAUAAAAAUCAGCUGUUCAAACUGUGAUCCGGUUAAUGCAGAUAAUGGUGUUUCUCUACAAGUAGAAUGUGCAGGCUGUCAGACCAUACUGUGGUAUUUUGAAGACACUGAUUCUGCCCUUUCACAGUCAUGCAACAAGGAAAAUGGACAGAUGCUGCUGAAACAACAGGCUUCAAAUGUCAACAUAUUUGCUGUGCCAAGCACAAUUCUGAAAGCUGCAACACAGGAUAUCAGAGUUGUAGUAUAUGGAUCAAAAGAUGGCCAGUCUGGUUAUGACACCUUCAUCAUUCCAUUAUCGGAAGCCCAGAGUCCACUCACCUGCUCCAUCAACCCACCUGUGGGUGAUAUCCUCUCUCCUUUCAACAUAUCGUGCUCCACAGUGAAUCAGUUCUGCUGUCCAGACUGCUGCACCUUCUGCCUGACCACGCUGGAUGGUGGUAAACUCUAUUGUGGCAGUGAGGUGGGCAUGAGGUCGCUCUUCCUUCCCCUGGGGAAUAAAAGCAGUAAUCACAGUGUCGGGCUGAGAGUCAUCGUUAAGAAUGCGAACGGUCGCACAACCAACACAACACUGUCUACACAGGUUAGAGAUGCCGGCUCUAAUUCCACCAUCCAGGAUUUACGGACUCUUGUGUCUCAGUACGUGACUCAGCUGAAUGGUUCGUCCUCAGCCUCAGUGUUGGCUCAGAUGUUUCUGUCUGUUUCCACUAAUCUGAACAAAGAUCUGAGCAACAAAGAAGAGAAGAAAAAGCUGCGGGAGGAGAUGUUGGGACAUAUGUGUGAUGCUAUGACUGCUGGAGAACCGCUCGUGGUUCUAACAGAGGCAGAGACGACUGCUAACACUGUCUUCAGCCUCGUCACACUGAAGGAUGAGAUCACCACUAGCGCUGAGAUGAACGCAUGUUGUGUUCUCAACAAGGUCAGCACGUCCCUGACGUCCACCUCACACACUGAAGGAGAUGAUUCUGCACUGAUGAUGCAGGUAGCCACGCCCAUUUUUCAGGCUGCAGGUAUCAUCCUCGAAGUGUCUGCAAACUCAGAUAAACAGAGCGAGAUCAGCAGUACAAUAUUAAACAUAACUGAGAAUAUACAGAGUGCUCUACUGGCUAAUAAACAGCCGAACCGUGAGCCGCUGAUCCUCACCUCACCCCUGAUCAGUAUGUAUGUCAACAGACUGUCUCCUGAUCAGCUUCACAACCAGAUAUUCAGCAUUGAUAAGAACAGCUCAGCCUUUACACUCCCUUUAUUAGGCCCCCAAAUGCUGCAUUCAGACAAACCAAUGGACGUGCGGAUGUUGAGUUUUGGGAUGAACCCGUUCUCCUGGAGUAAAGGUGAUGCUAUAAGUGGAGCAGUGGGGGGUCUCUCUCUCACCAGAGAGGACGGUUCUGUCAUUCCUGUCUCAAACCUCAAUAAGGAGAUAGAGAUUCUCUUACCGAGGCUGGAAGCUGUGGAUCUGAACAGUACGGUUCUGGACCUGAGCAAGUACAGCACACUGGCCAUCAACCUGACCAAUCCCAACACAUCUCUGGUGCUGAAACUAGACCCUUCAGAAGAGAUAGCGUUGCAGUUAUCACUGGGAUUUAAAUAUUAUCCAAAUGACACUCAUUACAAAGCCCAAAUCCAGCUACCUCUGCAUAAGACCACUCCAGAGGAGAGGUACACAUGGGUGAUUGACUCCAAAGAUGGGGCACUAGAAGCUGGGCUUUACUAUCUUCUAGUGAGACCCAUUGUGGGAGCAGGUGUGAACUCCUCCAAUGCCUCUGUGAUCAUCUCAUCCAUUGCAGCUCAGUGCAAAUACUGGGACAACAUCAAAACCAACUGGAGUGACUAUGGCUGCAGGGUUGGGCCCGGGACCACCCGAUUGGUCACUCACUGUCUCUGUACCCACCUGACGUUUUUCGGCAGCUCUUUUUUUGUCAUGCCGAACGCGGUGGACGUGACGCGCACUGCCGAGCUGUUCGCUACUUUCUCCCAGAAUCCUGUGGUGGUGUGUUUUGUUGGGGCUGUUUUCCUUCUGUACUUUAUUACAGUGGUUUGGGCUCGCAGAAAAGACCUCCAGGACCAAGUUAAGGUGAAGGUGACGGUGCUGGAGGAUAAUGAUCCGCUGGCUGAGUAUCGGUAUUUACUGGUUAUCAGUACCGGACACCGGCGGGGAGCUUCCACUUCCUCUCAGGUGACAGUGACUGUAACAGGCUCAGUGUGGGAGAGUGAGCCCCAUCACCUGACUGAUCCGGAUAAGCCGGUGUUUGAGAGGGGAGGGGUGGACAUGUUCCUGCUGAGCACCCCGUUCAAUCUGGGAGAUCUGCAGAGCAUCAGACUGUGGCACGAUAACUCCGGGACACACCCGGCUUGGUAUGUGAAUAAAGUGAUGGUGCAGGAUCUGGAAAAUGGACAGAAGUGGCACUUCCUGUGCAGCUCAUGGUUGGCUAUUGAUAUGGGAGAAUGCACCCUGGAUAAAGUGUUUUCCCUGGCAACAGAAACAGACUUAAAAAGAUUUAGUAAUCUAUUCUUCAUGAAGACGGCGAAAGACUUGUUUGAUGGUCAUCUCUGGUUCUCCGUGAUCAGUCGCCCUGCUAACAGCAGGUUCACCCGAGUGCAGCGAGUCUCCUGCUGCUUCUCCCUGCUGCUCGGCACCAUGCUGACCGGCAUCAUGUUCUGGGGUAUACCCAGUGACCCCUCUGAGCAGAGUGUGACCAUAGGUAGCAUCAAGUUUAGCUGGAGGCAGCUGAUGGUCGGCAUCCAGAGCUCCAUCAUCAUGUUCCCCGUCAAUCUCUUGAUUGUGAGCAUCUUUAGACUCGCCCGCCCACGGAAGAAGACCCAACAGACAGCAUCAGAUCAGAUACCCAAGCUUGAAUCUGCUCUGGAGGACAAGAAACAUUCAAUCGCUUUGCCACAGGGCUGUUUAAGGACAGACAUCACUGUGGAAUAUGUCAUUAAAGAUAUAAAGAGAAUACUUGGCUCGCUUGCUAAAGCAGUGGGGUGCCCUGUUCCAAAGACAGCGCUGGAAUCUGGUAGAACAGAUAUCUUCACAUUACUGUCUCUUAUUGAAGAGAUCAUUCAGCAGCAGAACUCCACUCUCAGAAGAUUUGAUAUUGAAGAUUCCCACAAUAAUUUAGUGUCAGUGUACAAACUCUACCAGCAGCAUCUCUACAAGCAGCUCCAGAACCUGGAGAAGGAGUUAAAGCUGAUUGGGCCUUCAGAGAUAUCUGAUCCAGAGAUCUACAGCCGGGCUGUGCUGCAGGUCCAGAGAAUGAAGGGGCUGCUGGAAGCCCACCUGUCCUCUACCUCCAGCAAACUGCAGCUCACCUGCAUCUCCAGCCCAGCAGGGAGCAGCGGUGCAUCCAAGAAGAAGUGCUGCCAGAAAGGCCUGCCCUGGUGGUUCGUGUUUGUGGGCUGGUUUCUUAUAGCAGCCACAAGCGGCGUGUCGGCGUACUUCACCAUGAUGUAUGGGUUGACCUAUGGGAAAGAGAAGUCCAUCAGCUGGCUCAUUUCGUUGAGCGUGUCCUUCUUUCAGAGUCUUCUUCUCAUCCAGCCUGUAAAAGUACUUGGUUUUGCAGUCUUCUUUGCUUUGGUGGUGAAGUCUGUUGAUGAUGAUGAUGAAGAUGAUGAAGAGUACAUUAAAAUGUUGAAGAACAAGGUGCCUGCUUUCUCAGGUGAUCCUGAUGAUGUGCGGAUUUCCAGGAGGAACAGCUCAUGCAGCUUCUACCAGCCUCCUCCUCCUUCUGAUGUCGGGAAGAUGAAGGAAAUCUGGAUCAAAGAUCAGAAAGCUUUCGCAUUAAUCUGGGAGAUUCUCAUUUAUUUAGGGUUCUUCUGCAUGUUACUGAUGGCUGCGUACAGCCAGCGAGACCCGAAUGCCUUCUUCCUCACUCGGCACAUUCAGCAAAGCUUCAGCAACGGCAUCUCAGACAGCAUGAGCCAGCAGGACGUGUUCAUCUGGGCCAAUUCCAGCCUCCUCACCAACCUGUUUGGACAAUACUCAGGCUUCAUCACGGAUGGUAACUCAAAGCUGGUGGGUACAGUUUGUCUGCGUCAGGUCCGGGUGCAGAAGAGCUCCUGCAGGAAGGCCAGUUCCGUGCGCUCCUCAGUUCCAGACUGCCACGCUCCGUACUCCUGGGAGGUGGAGGACAUGGGCUCCUAUGGUCCUGGCUGGACCAGCUUGAUAGAUUCUAACAUGUCUAAAGCCCUGUUCACACCCUGGCAGUACCAGACCCAGUCCAGACUCAGAGCACACACUGUCUGGGGGGGCAUGGCUCUGUAUAGAGGUGGAGGCUUUGUAGUGGACCUGGAACCUGACCAGCAAAACUCAAGCAGUGUUCUACAGUACCUGUUUGAAAACGCGUGGCUGGAUAUCUACACCCGGGCACUGUUCAUUGAGUUCACGGUAUACAAUGCCAACGUUAACCUCUUCUGUAUUGUGACACUGAUGUUGGAAACCACAGCAGUGGGAGCGUUCCAGUAUCGCACUGAGCUGCAAAACAUCCGUCUUUUUCAGACCACAGACGGAAUUCCUACACUGGUCUCUGAGGCCAUUUAUUUCCUCUUCGUUCUUUACUACAUGUUUUUGCAGGCUAAGCUGAUGAAGCAGCAGAAGUGGGAAUACUUCAGGAAUAAAUGGAAUAUUCUGGAACUGGCCAUUAUUCUUUUAAGCUGGAGCGCCUUUUCUGUCUUUAUCAAGAAGAUGGUGCAGGGAGACCAGGACCUGAAGUACUAUCAGGACCACAGAAACCAGUUCCCGAGCUUCUACGAGACCGCAGCAGCAGAUUCAGUGCUGGGGUAUCUCACAGCUGUCUUGGUUCUGCUGGCCACCAUAAAAAUGUGGCACCUGAUGCGCCUCAACUCCAAACUCAACAUGAUCACCAACACGCUGCAGCGAGCAUGGAGCGACAUCUCCAGCUUCAUUGUGGUCAUAGUCAUCAUGUUCCUGGCUUACUCCAUUGUUAGUAAUCUGCUGUUUGGUUGGAAGUUGUAUACUUACAAGACUCUCAUAGAUGCCGCUACAGCCAUGGUCAGCUUGCAGCUUGGCAUAUUCAAUUACGAAGAGAUUUUGGACUUGAACCCGUUGCUUGGUGCAUUCAUCAUUGGUUCUUGCAUCAUCUUCAUGACAUUCGUGGUGCUAAACCUCUUCAUCUCAGUCAUUCUGGAAGCAUUCAGUCAAGAGCAGCGGCAUCACAAGCCUUCAGAAGAGGAAGAAAUUGUGGACCUGAUGCUGCUGAAGAUCUGCAACUUUCUGGGAAUCAAAACUAAGAAGAAACAAUAGAAGAACUGAAAGCUCCGCGUAGGUUCUAGCGGGAAACUCGAAAUCACGCCACUUUUCUCAGCCAAUCACCAACUCCCACCUGUCCUUAAAAGACCUCCCUCAUACCUGUUCUCCCCUGCUUGCAGACGCUGACAUACGUUUUCACCCUCCUCCUUCCCCACCGCCUCCAGUUCGGUCCCGCCGGUUGCCCAGGGGAUAGGCUCCGCCCCCGCCGUACAAGUACGGCAGGAUCUGCGAGGUUCCAGACGCUGCGGACCUGGGCUUCGACGGGGCUUUCGCCAAAGACUCUAUAUACACUAUAUUCACUAUUACUAAUUGUCAUACGUGUUUAUUGGGAUUAAAUCUUUCUUGCUGCA